AUCAGUUGACAUGUCACCUGACUGAAACAAAUUCAUGUUGCUUUUCUCUGCUGUGCUAAUCGUAAAUACUUCAGUUUACAGACAUAAGUGACUUUUAUUCAAAUCGUUUAAUAGACGUUGUCAGCAGAGGACAUGCGUAGUAUCGUCCCCGGGAAUGAUCUGUGGCUAACGCGGCUGAAUUAUUAAAUUAAUGCUCUUCUGUUGUCUCAUCCGCAUUGUGACUGCUUGGAGAACACAAACAUGCCUCAGUCAGCGAGUAUCAUCAGUGGGAUCCAGAAGAUGGUUCUGUAUGAAACCAGAGCCAGGUAUUUUUUGGUUGGGACCAAUCAGGCACAGACCAAACACAGGGUCCUGAAGAUUGACCGCACAGAACCCAAGGACCUGGUCAUAAUUGAUGAUAAGCAUGUGUAUAGCCAGCAAGAGGUUCGGGAGUUGCUGGGCCGCUUGGACCUGGGCAACCGCACCAAAAUUGGCCAAAAGGGUUCCUCGGGCCUGUCCAGGGCUGUCUCAGCCUUUGGCAUUGUGGGAUUUGUACGUUUCCUCGAGGGGUACUACAUUGUGUUGAUCACCAAGCGUAGAAAGAUGGCCGACAUCGGUGGCCACUCCAUCUACAAAAUUGAAGACACCAGCAUGAUCUACAUCCCCAAUGACUCAGUCAGGGUUACACACCCUGACGAAGCAAGAUAUGUGCGGAUCUUUCAGAAUGUGGACCUAUCCAGCAACUUCUACUUCAGCUACAGCUAUGACCUCAGCCAUUCGCUGCAGUACAACCUGACUUUGCUGCAGAGGCCUUACGAACUGUGGUCAUCACCAGCAUCCUCUGCGGAGGAAGAGGUACAAACACAGAGCAAGCAGGACUGCUUUGACAUCUUUGAAGAUGAGGGUUUGCCUACGCAAGUGGUUUACGGCCUCCUGAACGAGCCGUACUACAAGUACGUGUGGAACGGGAAGCUGCUGGAGCGAGUCAAGGACAUAGUGCAUCAUGACUGGCUCAUGUAUAUAAUCCAUGGCUUUUGUGGCCAGUCCAAGCUUCUGAUCUACGGCCGACCGGUUCACAUCACCCUCAUUGCCAGGCGCUCCAGCAAAUUUGCCGGGACCCGCUUCCUCAAAAGAGGAGCCAACUGCGAGGGGGAUGUGGCUAAUGAAGUUGAGACCGAGCAGAUCGUCCAUGACGCCUCAGUCAUGUCUUUCACAGCAGGAAGUUACUCCUCAUACGUCCAGGUGCGAGGAUCAGUCCCGCUGUACUGGUCCCAGGACAUUUCCACCAUGAUGCCAAAACCCCCAAUACGAUUGGACCAAGCUGACCCAUAUGCCCAUGUAGCUGGCCUCCAUUUUGACCAGAUGCUGCAGCGGUUUGGCUCUCCUAUCAUCAUCCUCAACCUGGUCAAGAAACGAGAAAAAAGGAAACAUGAGAAGAUUCUGAGUGAAGAGCUCUACCCAGCUGUGAUCAACCUGAAUCAGUUCCUCCCUCCCGACAACUGGAUCGACUACAUCGCCUGGGACAUGGCCCGCUACACCAAGAGUAAGUUGUGCAACGUUCUGGACCGUCUGAGUAUGAUAGCAGAAAACGUGGUUAAGCGGACAGGUUUCUUCAUUAACUGCUCCGACUUCUUCUGUCAUACCCUCAGACCAGAUGACAGGUGGGGAGAUUUAGGUGGACACAUCGCAGCCAGUGGACGGGUUCAGACCGGCGUGUUGCGGACCAACUGUGUGGACUGUCUUGAUCGGACCAACACUGCCCAGUUCAUGGUGGGGAAGUGUGCGCUGGCCUAUCAGCUUUAUGCACUGGGAAUGAUUGACAAGCCCAAACUCCAGUUUGAUACUGACUGUGUCAGGUUGUUUGAGGAGCUGUAUGAGGACCAUGGAGAUACUUUGUCGCUGCAGUACGGCGGCUCCCAGCUGGUCCACAGGGUCAAGACCUACCGCAAGAUCGCUCCCUGGACUCAACACUCCAAAGACAUCAUGCAGACACUGUCACGCUACUACAGCAAUGCUUUCUCAGAUGCUGACAGACAGGAUGCCAUCAACCUGUUUCUCCAAGUCUACCAGCCGUCAGAGUCCAAGCCGCACCUGUGGGAGCUGCCCACUGACUUCUACCUGCAUCAGAGGAACACCAUGGCCUUGCCCCAAGACAGACGCAGUGUGGAUUUUGGCAGCAACAAGACAAGUAAGGAGGAGACGCUGCUCCAGAGGAAGACUGCAGCCAGUGCACCUCCUCCCCCGAGCGAGGAGGCCAUCAGCAGCACAUCGGAAGACGACUCGGAGGAGGACCGCGACGACGACGGAUCCGUGUCCCAGCGCUCUACCCCGAUCAAACUGCUAACAGAGUCUGGCGAGAGUAAUCGCACACAGGAGGAGAUCCAGCACCACCAGCAGCAGCAGCAGCAGCAGCAGUCAGUUAAGGAGCCCUAUGGACUCAAUCUGGCUGAGUUUCCUGCUGAGGAAGACCAGCUCAUUUAUGAAAGGUUUGCACAUCUGGGCGAGAGCCAGCACAGGGUGGAAAGAACUGAACGCAUAAACCUGGCGCACAUCAUCUGCUUAGAGCCAGUGUCUUGCUUCCCUGAGGACAGCAUCUACGCCGCUUUGCCUCCGCAGGUCGACAGAGACAGCCGCGAUGAGUUCGAGAGCCAUGUGAUGACGGGUCAGGGCCAGGUGAGGGUUCUCUGCAGGGACGACAUGUUGAUGUACAGGGAGUACGUCAAGAACAGAUAUAUGUGAGACAGUGACAAACAGGACCUGGAUUCUCUGUUACCAAUAUGCAAAUCAAGACUGGAAUACUUUUGUUUGUAGCUAUAGGAUAGAGCAAGAGAUCUACCUCUUAGAGUUUUGUAUGCUUGGAGGAGAUUGUCCAUAUUGAAGAAUGAACAACUCAUAUGUCCUGUAUUUGGACUAAACUAUGCUGGUUGAUUUUCUUUUCUUUUUAAUCAGUCAUUUUUGUGUUUUAAUAGCUUCAAAUUGUGUCCAGUUAUGUCAGUGUUUUUUAUUCAUUCAGACAUGCCUACUACCUAUAUGGUGCUUUUUAUUUGUUCAUUGUGUUAUUUUCCAUCAAAUAAAUUUUAAUCGCAACUCUUUUAAGAAGAUUUAUUUAACUAUAUGUAAAUUUCAGACAUGUAAACUCAUGUAAAUUGAUGUAAAUUGCUUUGACUCUGUAUUUCUAUGCUGGGACCAUUAAUGUGAUGGCAGGCCCAAAGAUUAUGACCACCUUGGUUGUGCUUUAAGUUGGCAUUUUCUUUUUUUUAAUUCAUUCUGUUAAACAGGUUUUCAAGUCAUUUGAGGUUUAACAACGUUGAAAAAGCCACUAUAGGAAUAUACGUUUAUACGUUUACAACUUCAAACAGUCUUACAUAAUGUAAUACAUGUACUGUAAAUAUAUAUCCAGACCAUUUGACUUUUUUCCUAUUUUGCGCAACACACCACUGAUAUUGUGGGUUUUUAUCAAACCCCAUUUUUAGUUUACAAAACUGCACAUUGAUUUUGUUUUGUUUAAAACAUUUCUGUUAUGUCAGCUGAUUAUUGUGCAUUUAGUUCUAAAUUAAACAUUUAUUUAUUGA